ACAGCGCUCAAAUCAAUGUUUUGAAAAUGUUCUGCUAGUAUCCUGGAGGUUGCGCAACGGCAAAGGCAAUCAAACUACAUUUAAUUACAGUAACUAUGGACUAUUAAAGCGACACAAGAAGACAUACUUGAUACUGUUAUUUUUUUAAAGAAAAAUGUGUUCAAACUUGGGAUGGGGUUCACUUUCAAAACAAUGAUUGACAUGAAAUUAUAGCUUGGUCUGUCAGUUACAGUGACAGCGACUAUGUGUUCCAUGACCAGUCUGCAUUCGUGGCUCAGUCCUCUGAUUCGGGGAGGUACAUUUAAUCAAGUCUGGAGCCUUUUCACCUGCAAACCUAGAGGAUUGAUCUACCUAACGGGUACACGUCGUUGCACAAUAGUAAAGGACCCUUCCAGCUCCACUGUGGAAUUCAACUCUCGUAAUAAGAAAUACAGAAGUCUGGAGAGGUCUUUCAAGAGAAGGUUAAGGGUCAUAUACCAGAGGUUCUCCGUAGGCCCAGACAAUACAAUGAUCCAGGGGCGUAACCAUGUGUACUUCAUGGAGGGGGAUGGCAUCUAUAGAAUGGAUACCAGGCAGGGUGACCCAGAGCCAGAAAAGGUGUUGUGUCUGGACUCCGUGGGGGAGGGAGAUUGGAGCCUCCAGAGGUUGCGUCUCUCCCCCAGUGAGCAUGCCCUGGCUGCCACAGUGAAGGCCCCCCACAGAGAGGAGGCCAGAUGUGUCCUUGUCAAGCUAGGAGACAGAGAACCUACCCUGGACCCACCUCAACCUCUACUCACCAUUGACAAGGUCUUCAGCGUCGAGUGGGCUACAGAUGACAUCCUAUUCUACAGCAGUCAGCAGAAACUCCAGUGUCACCAUGUGUUCCGUCUGGACCUGACUGCCACUGGGACCAGAAGUGCCCUGUUGUACCAGGAACAGCAGCCUGAUGUGUUUGUUGAGGUGAGUCUCUCCAGAGACAGGAGGCUGGUGCUUGUUAACUGUAGCAGUAAGAGGAGCUCUGAGGUGUGGCUGAUUGACAGCGCCAAGCCCCUUAUGGAGCCCACUCUGGUCCAGGCCCGCCUCCCUGAGCUGCUGUACCAUGUAGAGCACUCCCACGGCCAGCUGUACAUCCUGGCCAACACUGGACCUGGACAAGAGUACCAGGUGUUGAGGGCACCUCUCUCAUCCCCCUCCAUCAAACACUGGGUCCCAGUGUGUAGCCCUGGUCCUGGGACAGCUGUGAAGGACAUGGAGGUGCUCCAGGACCACUGUGUGUUGGCCACCAGGGACCCCUUAGGCCUGCUAGCACUCCAGGUGGUCCCACUAUCCCAGCCAGCAACCACAUCCACCCUGCAGCUGCCACCGUGGGCCUGUGCCAUAGAGACCAAGAGGGCUGGGCUGACAGACAGUGGCUGGUUGGAGUUCCUCCUGUCGUCUCCAGUCCACCCCCCUGUCCUGUACCGCUACUCCCCCAGGGAGAACAGGCUCCUCUUACAGGAGGACACAGAGGAACACAGAACCCCCCAGGAGUAUCAAACCACCCGACUAGAGGCCCCCAGCCAGGACGGUACCAUGGUACCACUGACUCUCUUCCACAUACCUAUGUUGGAGGAGCUGAGGGGUGCUCCAUUGCUGGUGCAUGUGUAUGGGGCCUAUGGCAUGGACCUUAACAUGGACUUCAGCCCAGACAAAAGACUGCUGCUUGAAGAUGGCUGGGCUCUGGCCUACUGCCAUGUCAGGGGUGGAGGUGAGCGUGGCCUGGGCUGGCAUAGACAGGGUCGUAUGGAGGGCAAAUCGAGAGGAGUGGAGGACCUGGCUGCCUGUAUCCACAGGCUCUAUGACCUGGGGGUGUCGAGACCCUCUCUGACCGCCCUCACCGCUCGCAGUGCUGGGGCCAUACUGGUGGGGGCGCUCUGCAACCUACACCCCCACCUCAUACGAGCUGUCACACUACAGGCACCUUUCCUUGAUGUGCUGGGCACUAUGCAGGAGCCCAGUCUGCCCCUGACGCUGGAGGAGAGGGGGGAAUGGGGGGACCCCAUGUCAGACCCCUGCCAAAGGGACACUAUCGCCUCCUACUGCCCCUGUCAUAACAUUACACCUCAGCACUACCCCUCCAUGCUGCUCACAGCCUACAUAGAAGACAACAGAGUGCCUGUAGCCGGAGUACACAAGUACGAGGAGAGACUUCAGGAAGCAAUUCACACACACCUCAAUGGCCACCCUGUAUCUGAAUCUGAGCCCACACCCAGUGUCAUUCUGGACCUUCAACCAGGAGCAGACCACUUUGGCCCAGGGGACUUUGAACUGUCUCUGACUGAGAGUGCUCGACAGCUGGCCUUUCUCCACACAGAGCUGGGCCUGAACCAGCAGACCAAAAACAGGCGGAAUUAGAAGGAAGUGUGGAGGAGAACUCAUCAGAGCCAUAUAGAGAUACAUGUGUGGUUGAGUAAAAUAAAAUAAACAUUUUGGGGGUAUGAACUCAAAAUAUAAAGACAACAAUUUAUAUAUUUUUUUUACUGAGUUACAGUUCAUAUAAGGAAAUUAGUAAAUUGAAAUAAAUAAAUGAGGCCCUAA